GACAAAUCUCGUUUGCAUAACCAGCCUCUGUUUCAGUAUAGGUCACAUUUCUGCACAAAAUGGCUACCGGACCCACAUCCCAUGUGUCUUGUGGUCUUGACCUAGCAUGCACUCCCGAUAUCAGAGCUGCUCUGCAGACAUCUAACCAGUCUGGGUUUGAUUUCAUCUGUGCCCCGAUUGCCCAUCCUCGUUUCAAAAGAGAAUAUGAAAAAGAUGCUCCCAUUAGGCCUGGUGCUUUUACAAGAUCCGAUCUUCUUCUUCCCGGGUCAGACUGGAGUAGUUUAGUAGUAGGUAAAGUCUCACCUUGGAUUGAUUUAGAAUCAAAUGAUGAAAGGGUGCAAAAAAACUCGUUAAAGAUUCUUCUUCAAGAAAUAUCAUUUGCUUGCCACCUCAGUAUGCCAUCACUGCUUAUCAAACUGAAACGACCUGACAAUUUUCAACUAGCUCAAGUUUUAAACAGCAGUGUACUUGGUUCCCAUCUACAACAGGUUUGGGUGCAAGUUCCAAUCACUUCAUGCCAAACAAACAGAGAUUUCAGUAUUAUCAAAGAUGAACCAGAUGUCAUAAUAAGUAGUAGCAAGAAAGAUGACACCUGGUGCUGGUGGAACCAGCUACGUUUUCUGUGUGAUCAAAGCCGGAAAAUUGCACUUGUUCUGGAGCUAAAUAGCAAAGAACUUCCAAGUCAGGAAGAACUUGACAGAUGGUUUGCAGAGCCUGUGAAGGCAGUUAGCAUCCCAACUAGCGUUUUUCUUUCAAAUAAAAAAGGAUAUCCAGUUUUAUCAAAAGCUUACCAGGAAUUUGUUCGAAGGCUGUUUAAGUUAAAUGUACAGUUUAUCAUAUCUGGUACUGCACAAAUGAAGAAUAUUUCUUCUUAUUACCAAUACCUUGACCAUCUUUAUUUGACGCAACCACCAGCUGAUCCAGUUGCACAGUUUGCUAAAGGAUACGAAGAUUAUCUCCAAGCACCCCUUCAGCCUUUGAUGGACAAUUUAGAAUCACAGACCUACGAAGUAUUUGAAAAAGAUCCUAUUAAAUAUGCACAAUAUGAAAAGGCAGUCUACCAUGCCCUACUAGACAGAGUUUCAGAUGAAAAGAAAAAUGAAGUCACCAGUGUCAUCAUGGUUGUUGGUGCAGGGCGAGGCCCUUUAGUGCGAGCAUCCUUCCAAGCAGCAAAAAUGGCCGACAGAAAAGUGAAGCUUUUUGCAAUUGAGAAGAAUAUGAAUGCCAUUGUAACACUUGAAACUUUGAAUGAAGAAGAAUGGAAUGGAGCUGUUACAGUUGUGUCCAGUGAUAUGCGAGAUUUUAAUCCUACCGAAAAGGCAGAUAUUUUGGUCAGUGAGUUGCUUGGCUCUUUUGGUGAUAAUGAACUCUCUCCUGAAUGCCUUGAUGGCGCCCAAAAAUAUCUUAAAGAGGAUGGAAUUAGUAUUCCAUGUGAGUACACGUCAUACAUUGCUCCUAUGAUGUCAAUGAAGUUGCACACCGAGGCUAAUAUGUGUCGGGAACCUGGGAAAUCUAUUGAGGCAUCAUUUGAAACGCCAUAUGUCGUGCGGCUACAGAAUGUUAAUGUUGCAGCUGAACCUCAGAGCUGCUUCAAAUUUGUGCAUCCUAACCCAGAUGUUCCAAUUGAUAACACCCGUUACAAACGAGCACAUUUUCAAGUUGCAACUGCAAAUGUUAUUCAUGGAAUAGCUGGCUAUUUUGAUGCAGUUUUAUACAAAGAUGUCAUGAUAAGUAUACACCCAAAGACACACUCUGAGGGAAUGUUUAGCUGGUUUCCAAUCUUCUUUCCCAUCAAAAAUCCAAUGUAUGUUCCUGAUGGUGCUCUAGUUAGCAUUCAUUUUUGGCGGAAAAUUUCACGCACUAAAGUCUGGUAUGAGUGGUGUGUUGAGUAUGGUCAACAAUGCAGUAACAUUCACAAUGCAAAUGGGAGAUCAUACUUCAUUGGCUUGUAACAGAGGUUCUUAGCCUUUGUUGGAAACUUUCAGCUGACCCAUGACACCUUGUAAGGGUGUCAGCUCUGGGCAAGAUCAAGUAAGAAUAAUGAAAAAGAACAAAUUACCCAGGAUUGCCAGAAAGCACAAAGUUUUGGUCAGACAGACAUAAGAUCUAUACAAGUAUUCAGAUACUUUCCGGCAGUUGUUGGGAUCCAGAAAAGGAGGGCAGAGUUGUUUUCUCUAACGUUGUCUUUUAUGAAAAUUCAUUUACUUAGAAUUUUUUAAUCUCUUUCAUCAACAUUCCCUGUCAAAACCUUUGUCAGACUCCAUCAUCUUAGAAUCAAUGUUUAAAAGUGAUACAAAUUUUAAAUAUAUUUUGAUGAAAACUCCAUGCAUGCCAUUAAUUUAGGUGGUUGAAAUACCUUAGGUUCUAUACAAUUUUGUAACAGUUUGUUUUAAUAAAUACCAGAAUUAGUUGUCGAUUCUAAAUCAUUUGAUAGCUUUAGAAUUUGAUUACUAUUUUUAUUAAAGCUACUAAUUUUAAAUGGCAAAGUGACAGCUAAGAUGUAUAAGAUAAUUCGGCUAAGAGAUUUGGCCUUUUCAUUAAUGGCUUAAGAAUAUAUAUAAUAUUUUACUUGCUUUUACAAACACCAGACUUUUGUAGUUCUUAUCUCUUUUGUCUUAUAACUUUAUUACAACUUCAUAUCAAAAGGCAUUUUUGAUUAUACAUUGUUCAUAGAAAAAAUAGGAAAUGAUUA